GCAUGAAAAUAAAGCCUCGAGCCUGGCUCAUAAAACCAGGAGCUUAUUCUAGUCCAUCAUGAUUUUUGAGGACCAUAUUUUCGACAUCAUCCUUGACUAUUUUGGAGACUUCCUUGAGAACGGCAAGAUUACAGAAUAUGAGCAAUCGUUAAUGGACAAAUGGGCUGAAGAAGAAUUCAAAACUGCUCAAGGAGAUUUAGACGAGCGAUGCAGAGCAAUGACGAAUGAGUACAAGCUAGCUGAGGUAGAUACAGCUUAUAAAGCUGUUGGGACUGAUAUAGAUAAGAGAUGGGGAACUGACAAAGUUCAGUAUUCUCCAUAUGAAAGUUGAGAUGAUUAUGAAGCUGUAGGAGAAAAUUUAAACCUUAAAUUUGUACCUUAUGUCACUGGGAUUAGAAAGAAUGAGAAUAGUGAUGAGAAAGAAGAUGAGAAAAAACAAGAAGAGGAUAAAUUCGAGACGGCCAAAAUUGAGUACAGCCAGACUGAAAGUGAUGAGAUGAGCGAAGAUGUGGAGGCUCAUGAUAGUGAAAAGUCUGUUUCUGAUGAAGUUGAGACCAGCCAGGCUGAAAUUGAUGAUACGGAUCAAGAUGUAGAAGUUCAUAGUAGCAAAAAGUCUGUUUCUGAUAAAACAGAAUCCAGUCAGACUGAAAAUGAUGAGAUAGACAAAAAUACUGAAACUCAUGCUUGAAACAGUCACAGAUCAUUCAAAAUCGAACGCAUUAUCAAUCAAAUUGAUAUAAAAUCUCACCACCAUACAUCAGAAUCGCUUGAACGAUACUGAAAGAAAAUAAUGUCAAAGGCAAAUUACUAUUCAUAUAGAAGAUGAGAUUCAAGAGAAGCUAAAAAGUCCUUUUAUCCUACCAUUCCUGAGAAACCUACCUUCUAUGAUGAUAAUUUCUACUUCCUUUAUGACCAUUCAUGCAGCCAGGAAGAUUUAAUAAAUUUUCCAAUCGAUCCUACUUUCAGCUACUCACAAGGAGAGGACUUCAGAGAUUACUACAACAAGCAAGCUAUAAUAUUCUACGAAAAACAAAAGAAAGGCAUGCUGUUGAAAUACUUAUACCCUUCAAUAAAGAUUAUAUCCUACUACGGUAACAGUAGGGACUGUAGCUACGUCAUGAGGAACUUAUGUUAUGAGUCAAGGACAAGCUGGAGACUUCACUCUACCAAAUAUAUCAAACAUAUCCAGCCCACUUAUGUAGAUGCUCCUGAAGGAUACAAGAGCCUUCAGUACUUGUUUCAAGUAUCCGAUCAGCUUUGUUGUUCUAUUGAAACUGACGAGGUCAUCGUUGAUAAUCCACUGGGCGCAAGAGUAUUAUUAGUCACACUUAGUAAACUUCGUAAUGAAGGGAUUGUCAGUAUUAGGAAGAUAGUCGUAGAUUGCACGAAAAUUCUCCCUGAAACAUACGCAGAUUUAUGAUAUAUGCUUAAAAAGAAAUGCAUAAAUAUUGGAAUAAUGUAUUCAUAUGGGAACAUUAGUAAGCAUAAGAAUGCAUUUUACAAAAAUGUGUCCUAUAUACCCAACCUGGUGCCAGAAGUUGUCGAAAAUGUAGGACAUUCUAUGCAGGAUAGACUUGAGGUUUCCGUAAAUUCUUCAGAAGCUAUUUCUCCGCUUAAAAAGCUGCCAAAAGCUUGGUAUCAUAUCCGAAAUCCUGAGCUAAUAAGUCCACUGUUAUCUUGUGGGUUAAGAUUGCCUUGAUGAAUAAAAUAUCUUACUCAGAGACUUACUGAAAAUUUAGAAAGCUUUUCACCAGCAUUGGUUGAGAUAAGCUUGCCACCAAAUAGAUAUGUUAUCCAAUGAGAUAAAGCCGGCAUCAGAUCUUCUGCAGCUAUAAUUACUAAAUAUUCUGUCUCCUCUGUUGAAAUCUGUGAGUUUGAGCUAUUAAAAAUCCAGAGUAUCAGAGUUGAAAAUGUAAACGUCGAAGUAGAAGGAAUCUCUAUUGAAAAAUUGGAGGAAACUUCACCCUCUGAAGAAAUCAGCACCUCGUGGAAUAAUACUCAGGACAGUAGUUGAGAGUCAGAUUAAUAAUUUCUAGACCAAUAAUGUAAAACUUGUAAUACAAAUCCUUACCAUUCUGUUUCUAAUUUAAAGGUUUAUAAAAUUUCAAUAAUCAUA